AUGGCGCAGAAGUCAUCGGCCAUGCAGCCUACGAGGAACACGCCCUCAAUAGACACAGAGCAAAUGGAUGAGGCACAGCGGACAGACGGCUCGCUCACGCCAAGGGCGAGUUUCGAGAAUCGGGCUAGAAACCGCGUGGACAAUCACGAACAUAAUACGGCUCUUGGUUCUCAACACACAGACACAAGCGAUGCCCAACCUAUCGGUCAUCGGAAUUUCAGUUUGCCAACGGACCACGGCCAUGGUUUGACGCAGCCGACCACCACCGCAAGCAGCAUUCGGUCUGCGAGCUAUGCGGCAAGUGACUACAGUCCUUCAGUCAACACAGAGACAACGCUGCUCCCGGAAUCAUCUGCAGGUCGCUGGGAUGCGCGUGGCUAUCCCCGCAGAAAGUCCAGCGCCUCCGUCACUACGGGAAGGAAGGUAUACAUGGCGUUCUGCAACACUGUCGAUGUUGUAGUUCCGUUAGACAUGAACGAUGAUGCGACCAGCAUGCGCGAGAGCUCGCUAUACAGGACGGCCAAGAAGGUUCAGAAUGGGCGGAGGAAGAGCACUCUGGGCGGGAUGCAGCAGGUUGGAAGAGCGAAUUGA